AUGGCGACCGAGCUAGAACGGCGCGUUCGCGCUGGCGAUGCUGCUGCGCUCUUCGAGUCGGCUAGCACUAUCCUACAUGAUGUAUGCAGCGCUUGUACUCUGGAGCUUCGGACACAGGAGCUGGCGAUUCGCGGGAACGACAUCCAUCUCCACGGCCUCAACGGCACCGGCGUUGACCCUCUUGCUCUCUACGUGGGCGCAGCCACUUCCAAGUUUCGACAGCUCCUUGCCAACGUCAACUGGCAAAAGGAAGCCGUAUUAAAUUUGAUGAAGACCAUUUAUCAGACCCAUAAUGAGCCCGAGCGCCAGUUGUGCUCCCGUGUACUCCAGCGCCUCCAUCACAAAGUGCCCGAGCUUGUGCGCGAAGCCGGUCUCCUGGAAGCCGAGGAAUUCUUUUCAGAAAACCUUCGCAAAUGGAUUGCCGCACCUCCAACCAAGCUCGUCUUAUCUGAAAGCGAGCUGCAGACAGUGGCAGACCAAUACAAGGAUCGCUCGCUCGUCCUGGUGGCUUUUGGAAUGGGCUGCAAGGCGGCCGUGGGCCUAGUUGGCAAGCCCAACGUCCGCAUGCUCGUCUGCUUGGCCCCUAUCCUCCUGGCACAACAAGACACCAUGGCUUGCUCGCUCACGGCUACAGAGCUACAGCAACUGCGGCUGCCGACCGUCUUCGCCAUUGGCGCCACCUCCCACGCCUGCCCCUUGAGCUUGAUGGAAUCCAUUCGGACCAAGAUGAUGGCCGCCAAUAGCCUCGUCGUUGUUCGGGAUGGCAACGCCCACUUGCAAGUCAAGCACUUGCACAAGUGCAAAAUGCGCCUCACGCAGCGCAUGUCUGAUCUUAUGGUGCUGCAGCGAAUCAACUCCUUUGUCCAAGAUUACGUCGUCAAGCGGUUAUUACUCAUCGCAGUAUGCCGCUGCUGCUGCACGCAUGAGCCCACUACAACAUAUGAAUCUGCCCCGAACUGGCACGCCCAGCCCCCGGCCCAUGGGACAUUCUGUCAGCGGCACCAAUGCGUUCACAGGGUCACCACUAACUGCGGCCUACGCCCGUGGUUCACCCACCCUAACCCCAGCUGGAGCACGCGCAGCCCAGCCCACGGUGGCGCGCCGACCCACCGCCACGACAAAGAAAAGCAGUUCGCGCACAUCCAAAGCUGCCGCCCCAAACCCUGCUGUACAGGGUGUUCAGUCAACAUCACUCACCACCAGUGCCAAGACACUCAAUGGCGCCGCGUUUCGGCCCGCAUCUUCCACCGGAUCGACGACCUCUGCGCCCUCCACCCCCGCUGCGCCCAGCACUGCCCCCAGCACUGCCCCAAGUACUCCCACGACACCGGGAACGCCUUCCUCUGCAUCACUCCCUGGUAUGUCAACCCACAACGCCGCAACUUCAAGUGUGCAUUUGUAAUGAUAAACUCAUGA